CACGUGACAGAGGUAGAGAGUAAACGACAUCAUGUCGUAUAAAGGUUUUUUGGGAUGCCAUAGUAAAGUAUCGAAAGAAGACCAGGAGUUUUACGACCUUAAGAACAAAGCCGCAGAGUAUUACAGGUCUAACGGGGUCCCAGAGAAGAUAGAGGGCGUCCUGAACGAGAUGAUUUUUCAUAAGCCCAAUGACAUCUAUGGUUAUCUGGCGAACUAUUUCACCAGGUUCUCAUGUACUCCUGUGAUCAGUAAGAUCACUGGAAGGGUGGUGUACGAUGGGAGAGGACUGACAGCCAUUCAGGCAAAUGUGCAUUGCAUCAUCAGAGAUGAGGAAAAGAUGGUGUGCAGUGCGGUGAUGGGUGGUCCUUAUGAUAGUCUGUCUGAGGGCAUUGCAGAAACAAGGGAGACAGAUUGUAAUAGUGACCAGCAAAAGCUCUCUGUAACAACAGCUUUAAAUUGGAUCAUAGAGCACCUCAGUCCAAUGCUGCAAGGAUUCAACCCCACUGACCAAACCAAUCUAGACAAACUUCUCAGUGACUUCUUUAUGGCACGUUACCUGGAAGACAAGAAAAGAUGCGAAACAGAAGAGGAGGAGAACAGGUCCGAAACAGUGCCUGAAGCUCCACCCCAGGAUCCUCCCAUUCCCGCUUCCAAUAAGGACAAAAAGGGUGGCGAGAAAGCUAAAAAAGGAAACAGUACAGAAAAGCCCCUAACUCCCGCAGAGCCCCCUGUGCCGAGACUACCAGGAGCCCUAGCAGUGGGUGUGGUUUCAUUAGCUGUGGCUAAAACCGCCAGCCGACUCAUAGGAGCGCCCUUAUACACACACGUCACAUCCAUAAGAGUCCAACAGGCUUCCAAUAAGAUUUACCUGCCCAUGCCAAUGAUUACAAUACUAAGCUGUGGAAAAAACUCUAUGGGUAAACUCAACCUAUUAGACGAGGUCAUCCUACUGGCCACAUCAUCACAAAGAGUCAGACAAGUCAUUUGCCUGAGCUUUGAGUUGCAGCACGAAAUGAGGAGAAUCCUGAAUGGAUCUGGAUGUAAAGCCGGGCCUGUAGGUAUAUCAGAAGAAGGGUCUCUUCAGGUGGGUUUUGAACGUCCUGAACAGGCUCUCGAUUUGGUCACAGAGGCGUGUGCCAACCUGAAGCUGCCGCUGGGUUCAGAUCUGCGCUUGGCUAUAAACUGCGCUGCUCACUGCCUCAUGGACUAUACACGUGGCAGGUAUGAAGUGAUGUCAGGUUGUCAGAAAUCCCCAGAUGAGCUGGUGGAUCUGUAUGAGGGUUUGAUUCAUAAAUAUCCUUCUAUCACAGCUCUCAUCGAUCCUUUCAGGAAAGAGGAUGUAGAGCAGUGGGAGAGGCUGGCCUCAGUGAUUGGUCAGUCAUGCUGCUUGAUCGCAGAUGCUGCAUCCAAUCCCUGUCCUCGGUUGGGUGAUGCUAAACCCCUCCCACAGGGAGUCACCAGGGCAAUUUUUAGGCACCAUGGUGACAUGACAAUCUCAGAGCUCAUACAGAGAUUUGCAGACAAGAGUGAGACUAUAUUGGCAGCAGGCAGUGCGGAGACUGGUGAUACAUCAAUUGUGGAUCUGGCCGUCGGGCUUGGCUCGUUCUUUCUCAAACUGGGCGGGUUGAGAGGAGGAGAACGAAUGGACAAAUAUAAUCGUCUGAUGGCAAUUGAGGAGGAACUGGAGCAGGAGGGAAUUCUGGGUGCCAGAGAUAUAAACCUGGUAAAGCCAGCAGCUGUGACUUCGUGAGCAUGUAUCAGCUCAGACAAACACAGCAAGUCUGAUGUCAUUUAUGAUUUAUAAUAUCAAAAUUUGCACAAAGAAGGCAAAUGAAAAAAGGAAAUAUGAUGUGAACGAAUGU